GCUUCCUCAUCACCACCAGACGAAAAGCGGCGAGGAAGAUUUCAGAGAUGGCACGCUCGGAGCUGUUUGCAAGCAUGGCGCCCUCUGUGGAUGGGAGGGGUGUGGGCCUGGAUGUUCUAGGUUUCCUGGACCCUCCUGAGGAUGAAAACAGCACAGCGGUGAGGUGCUACCGCUCGCACUCCCGCAGCAGUGUCCUGCAGGGUUUGCCUUUUGGAGGCGUGCCCACUGUCCUCGCCAUCAAUGUAGUACUCUGGAUGUUCCUGUUACUCAUCUUCUCCUGCCUGAGGAAGGCUGCGUGGGAUUACGGCCGGCUGGCCCUGCUGAUGGAAAACGACAGUCUCACGUCCCUGUUUUAUGGAGAGCCGAGUGAGAAGGAGAAGUCUCCGUCAGAAUCCAGUCCCUCUGACUCUGAGACUAAAGACGUGGGCUUCUGCUCGUGGCUGACAUCACUUUACCAGAUGAAGGACGAGGAGAUCCGCAGUAAAUGCGGCAUCGACGCCGUCACGUACCUGUCCUUCCAGCGCCACAUCAUCCUGCUGAUGUCGGCGGUGUGCCUGCUCUCUCUGGCCGUGAUUCUGCCAGUGAACUUUUCCGGCAACCUCUUGGGAGACAGUCCUGCAGAUUUUGGGAAAACGACGCUGGCGAAUGUUAGUGCAAGGGACCACUUCCUGUGGCUCCACAGCAUCUUUGCCUUGGUCUACUUCAUCAUCACGUUGCUGUGCAUGGCUCACCACUCCAUGAAGUUGGAUUACAAAGAGGACGAGAAGGUUGCCAGGACUCUGAUGGUUACCUCCAUACCCAAAGAGAUCACCGACCCAGGACUCAUCACCAAACACUUCCAUGAAGCCUACCCCAGCUGUACCGUCACUGACAUCCGUUUCUGCUUUGAUGUCCACAAGCUGAUGAGGCUGGACUUGGAAAGGCGCAAAGCGAUGAAAGGACGACUGUAUUUCACCACAAAGGCUCAGAAAGAGGGAAAGAUCAUGAUCAAGACUCAUCCGUGCGCUCGGAUAUUCUGCUGUGACUUUUGUGGCUUUGAAAAGGUUUGUAGAUGCAGAACAUACUACAGCGAGUUAGAAGAGAAGUGGACAGACGAGUUUAACGCCGAGAAGAAUCGAACCUCCAUGAAGAGGCUGGGCAUAGCCUUUGUGACGUUCCGUGAUGAGAGGAUGACCGCCGCCAUUGUGAAGGACUACAGUUGGGUGCGCUGCCACCGAAGACCCCAGCAGUCCAGCAUCACCACCGUGGUCCAGUCUCAAAAGUGGUUGGUCAGCUACGCCCCGGCUCCCUCUGACAUCAUCUGGGAAAACCUGUCCGUGUGUGGAUCCCGCUGGUGGCUCCGAUGUGUCCUCCUCAACAUCCUUCUCUUUCUCCUGCUGUUUUUCCUCACCACUCCCGCCAUCAUCGUCAACCCCAUGGACAAGUUCAAUGUCACCAGGCCGGUGGAGAGCCUCAGGAGCCCAGUCAUUACAGAGUUCUUCUCGACCCUCCUACUGUGGGCGUUUUCGGUGCUGCUGACGUUCAUCGUCUACUACUCGGCUUUCUUCGAGUCCCACUGGACCAGAUCGGGUGAGAACCAGGUGACGAUGCACAAGUGCUUCUUCCUGCUGGUCUUCAUGGUGAUCGUCCUGCCCUCACUUGGUCUGUCCCGUCUGGACUUGUUCUUCACAUGGCUCUUUGAUGUCAACUUCCUGGAUGAGAAGGAUGUCAAAUUCCAGUGCGUGUUUCUUCCAGACAACGGGGCAUUCUUCGUCAACUACGUGAUUACGUCCAGUCUAAUUGGCACAGCCAUGGAGCUGCUUCGCAUCCCGGCGCUGACAGUUUACGCCCUGCGCCUUUGCGUCGCCAAGUCGCAGGCUGAACGCAUUCAUAUCAAACGGGCCUACGAGUUCCAGUUUGGCCUGGAGUACGCCUGGACCAUGUGUAUCUUUGCAGUCAGUAUGACCUACAGCAUCACGUGUCCCAUCAUUACACCCUUCGUCAACAACCAUCUCUUUGGUCUUGUCUACGUUCAGAGACAGUUGUUGGUUCUGCCCAGUCCAUUACCGUAG